AUGGUGCAACAGAAUCAGUUUGGUGGCUUGGCUACUGAAGAUCCCAAUAUCUAUCUAGCCAUAUUUUUGGAGGUAUGUGCUACUGUGAAGAUGAAUGGUGUUACUGAUGAUGCCAUAAGACUACGACUCUUUCUUAUCUCUUUAAGGGAUAGAGCACGAAGUUGGUUGCAAUCUCUGCAGCCAGACAGCUUGAUUCGGAGCAACUUUAUGAAGUAUGAGAGUGAUUCAAAGACUUAUUACGUCGCUGCCCACAACAUGGCUAUGAGAGCUGGAUGCAAGUUUCAUUUUUCUACAAAUGGGUUGAAUGGUCCAACUAGGACUAUUAUUGAUGCUCCUAUUGGAGGGGCAUUAUUGUCUUAA